CGACGACGACGACGACGACGACGACGCCGAUGCCGCCGAAGAAUCGCGACGGCAGCGGCGACGACCGAGUGUUCCCGCAAGCGCUGGUGGGAGUCGCGUCCGACAGUCAGUUGGCGAGCUUCGACAUCCUCCGGUGAGGAGGGGGAGAGAUCAAAAGGAGAGGAAGAACGGAGGGAAGGAGGGAAGCAGGGAGGUAGGGAAGAGCGAGGGCUCGAAGCUCGGAUCCCCGCGGCGGACGGGCCAGAACGUGGGACCCAGACGCCGCUGCCGAUUCACGGCCCGACGCGCCUCACUUCGUCUUGGUCUCUGCCCCGCCGCUGCCCGCGCCCUGGUCGGCCGCGCCGCCUUCGGCGAUCUCAACCUUGCCCUGCCGCAGGCUGUCGCCGUCGGCAAAUUGCGGCUUGCCUAUGUACGCCUUCGCGCCCUUGCCGAAGAGGAUGUCCCAAUACUUCCCAGAGCGGCCAGACCAAUCGAUCUCGUACUCCUCGCCAAGCGUCUUCGAUACUUGUCUAUGAGUGGCGUUGACAGCAUGAGGAGAAUGAAUAAAACCAGCGAGGGCAACAAGAAGUUCACCAGGAUCCCCAGCGGCGUCACGUCAGAGAAGCCUGAUGGCAGGACGAAGUUUAGAAGAUUGUCUUCAGGAACUGCCACCUCGGGAAGUAGCCCGUCUUCUCCGCUGGGGUCUAGCUGAAGAUCACCAUUGGGAAGCUCCUUGAGGUAACUGUCCACGGCCGUGCGGGCUCUUAAGGCCACCUCUUCAAUGCCCUCGGAAACCGUGAGGGAGCCUCUUAUCCGCCUCUACUAGGGGGAAAACAAACCUACCUCGCUUUUGACCACCCUCGCUUCCAAGAGAUACCAAACGAUGCCAAAUUGCAGCCUGUACUGGUCAGGCCGCUUGACGAGGAGGCGCGUGGUAUGGCUUGGUUUUGCCUGGAAGCGAAAGCGGGGUAGGUAAUUCACGCUAUGAUCUACGUCAUGUCAUGUCCCCGUGGAAGUUCGGGAUUGGCGCUUGUUGCGUCGGGGUACAGAAAGGAACGGACACGAUGGCAGACUCGCAAAUCGACGCGACAAAAUACAUUCACAACACAGAGCAAACCGCCACCGUGCAAUACGGAUUUGAGCGAACUGUCAUCGGGUCUCUCUGGGUUUCUGCAUGGAGCAUCAAGCAUACUUUUGUCGGCGGCCAGCCUGAGGGGGACUGAGGCGGGCCUUCUCAGAAGCCUCGGACAUCCUCUGGCCUUCUGAACGGUUUUCGAAGCCUUCCCCGACGACACAGAAAACGUCUCAGAAGGCGCGAGGGCGUCUGCAAAGCCCGUCUGAGAGGACCGUCUCUUUCUCACUUCCCCCCUCGCUCGCCGAUGAAUCAAGCAUACUUGUGAAGGGGCCCACACUCCAGAAUUCCUGGCGCUCCUGGGAAUCGCCGCGUGGGGCCUACGAUGCCUGCCGGGCCCGUCCUGGAUCAUCCAGUGGGCGCCUCUGGCGCGCUUUUGGGGCCGCCCCACUCCUCGCCAUCCAACCUAACAGCGAUGUGUAGAAGCAUAUCUGAAAGCAUUCCCCUUAAGAUUCAGGAGUCAUGAUGCUCUCUUUUGAGACCACUAGAAACCUAUCAGCAAGAGCUGUUAGGCAAAAUGCACACGCCCGAGCCGUGCCAAGGGCUCCGCAGCGAGCCGCGCCGCCGAGGCACCGGGCGCUGCAGCCCGCGGCCCUCCCGCCCCCCACGGUGGUGCUCCGGACCCCUUCCGUGGGAGGCCUCGGCCACGCCGCGGGCCCCGCGGCCCGACCGGGAGGGCCCCCCGCGCGGAGGCCACCGUCGGGGCGUGGACCUAAGGAACCAAGGAUUGCAAAAAAAAAACAGGACUGCAAAACAAAAAAAAACGAAGGAUUGCAAAAAAAAACCCAGGAUUGCAAAAAAAACGAAGGUUUUUUUGCAAACCCAGGAUUGCAAUCACUCCGGAUCUCAUAACAACGGGGGGGGGUCUGC